CCACCAGCCGCGCCAAACCCGGGGAACACAAAGCCUCGCGGGAGGCGGGGCUCGUGACGUCACAGUGACGUCCGCCCCCUUACGUCGCGCCCUGGAGAAGCCAGAGGGUUUCUGGCGGCGCCGGCGCCAUUUUGACGGAGCCUACGACCGAGUGGGAGUGGAGCGGGGCGGCCGUUGUUGCCGACUCUUUCCGGCUCCCCACGGUCCAGUCAGCGGGGUGAUUAGGCCGUCGGCCCUCGAGCCGAAACUUGUCUCUUAUUUAGUUCUGGGGAGCGCCUGGCCGACAUGAGUGAUGUAGAGGAAAACAACUUCGAGGGCAGAGAGUCUCGCUCUCAGUCAAAAUCUCCAACUGGAACUCCUGCUCGUGUAAAAUCGGAGAGCAGGUCAGGAUCUCGUAGUCCAUCAAGGGUUUCCAAACACUCUGAAUCCCAUUCUCGAUCAAGAUCCAAAUCCCGGUCGAGGUCAAGGAGGCAUUCUCAUAGACGUUACACUCGAUCCAGAUCCCAUUCUCACUCACAUAGAAGACGCUCUCGAAGUAGGUCCUAUACCCCAGAAUACCGGCGGCGACGGAGCCGAAGUCACUCACCAAUGUCUAACCGCAGAAGACAUACAGGAAGCAGGGCGAAUCCAGAUCCCAAUACUUGUCUUGGAGUGUUUGGCCUCAGUUUGUACACAACAGAGAGAGAUCUUCGUGAAGUAUUUUCUCGAUAUGGACCCUUGAGUGGUGUCAAUGUGGUUUAUGAUCAGCGAACUGGGCGAUCUCGAGGAUUUGCUUUUGUGUAUUUUGAGAGAAUAGAUGACUCAAAAGAGGCUAUGGAAAGGGCAAAUGGAAUGGAGCUGGAUGGCAGAAGAAUUCGUGUGGAUUAUUCUAUCACCAAGAGAGCACAUACACCUACACCAGGCAUCUACAUGGGCAGACCAACUCAUAGUGGUGGUGGUGGCGGUGGAGGAGGCGGCGGUGGAGGUGGUGGUGGUGGCAGACGCCGAGAUUCUUACUAUGAUAGAGGAUAUGAUCGUGGGUAUGACAGAUACGAAGACUAUGAUUACCGGUACAGAAGAAGAUCACCUUCUCCUUACUAUAGCCGAUACAGAUCACGAUCAAGAUCUCGUUCCUAUAGCCCAAGACGCUAUUGAUAACAGAAUGGUUGCAGUUAAGGACUUUUUUUCCUAAUUUUCUUUAUUCUCUCUCUCUUUUUUUUUUUUUUUUUUUAAUUAUUAUUUCCCCAAGCUUCUUAGCCUUCGUUCUCCUUAAAAAAAAGUUUUAGUAUAUACAUUUUGUCAGUUAUGUUGCUAUUUUCCACCCCUAUUAUUACAAUACACUUACAGAUGUAAUUGUCAUUUGGAUUAGUUAAACAUCGAGUAAAAAACAAUCCAGUGUUAUGCUUUGUAAAUGAUUUUUCCCUGCCUUUAGGGAGGGUUAACUCCUAGCUAAUCACAUGAGGGAAACCUUUGUGUCACACAUUGUAUUAGACAAUUAUUAGAGAUCUCCAUUUGGGGCUGGGGAUAUAGCUCAGCGGUAUAGCUCCUGCCUGGCAAGCACAAGGCCCUGAGUUCAAUUCCUGAUCCCCCCCGCCCCACCCCCACCCCCAGCCCCCAAAAGAAAAUCUGCAUUUAUGACAGACUCAUUUUUUGUUUUGUUUUGAUUUUAACUUUGUUUUGGGGAAGAUAGUAACAUAUGAAGUAGUUCAGUCAUGUCAGGUUUGUCUGGGGUGGCAUGGAACAGUCACAUAGUUGAGUGUAGAAAGUUCAAAGCUUUAGAAGAAAAUGCUUGGACAUUUAUUUCUUUUGAAGAAUGUAAUUUUUGAACCCUAAAAAUUAAGUCACUUUUUAGAGAUGAAAAACUUGUGGAUGCCUUCAAAACAUGUUGUAUUUUAAAUAUAUCUGUUAAACUUUACAAACUUAAAGUGUGAUUUUUGUGUUAAAAUUAUUGAAGUUUUAAGUAUUCCCUUAAUCAGUGAAGGACAACCCUUAUUUAUUACAUAGAGCAGUUGUAUAAUUUGCUGUUAAUGGUAUUGGCACAUUGGUUAAGCAGGCUAUUAUAAUAGAGUCCGUAGAUGAUACAUGUGGGGGGGAAAGUCUCCUUUCAAAUAAAAGUUAAUUUCUUUGAAAA